CCCGCAGCACCUGAACCAGGCUUACAAAUAGAUACCGACCUCGCAGCUUGCAUCUAUCCUACCUAGUCUGCAGACUCCCAAACGAGCGACAUCGAAAGAGGCUGCAGACGAGGGGCAGCGUGGGGCAAGAAGAGAUCAUAAUCGCAAGAGGAAGAGAGGAAGAAGAGAGCGGAGAUUGAUCAGAGAUGGAAGACGACAGGGCGCUCGUCGAUCUCGGCGCGGCGGCGGAUAUCGAAGAAGCGCGACUCGAAGUUCACACAACCGAAUCAGAAACUACAAAGAAUGAGACGCCGGCGACAACCACAACAACAAGACAGCCGAAGCGACGGUUCGUAGGAAGAAGAGCGGCAGAUGAGGCGGCAGCGGCAAAGGCAACGACGGAGCAGGGAGGCAGCGGCGCUGUUCAAGCUGCCAAACCCCGACGAGCGCCACGACUGCUCAACCGAGUCCCGCCAGAGAUAUCAGAAGACCCCAACCUCAAGGAAGCCAUUGCCCUCCUGCCAGCAAACUACAACUUCGAGAUCCCCAAGACGAUACACCGCGUGCGCGAGUCCGGCGCGCGCAAGGUGGCGCUGCAGAUGCCCGAGGGCCUCCUCCUCUUUGCGACGACCAUUUCGGACAUCAUCACGCAGUUCUGCCCGGGCGUCGAAACGCUCAUCAUGGGCGACGUGACGUAUGGUGCUUGCUGCAUAGAUGACUACACGGCGCGGGCGCUGGGGUGCGACCUGCUGGUGCACUAUGCGCAUAGCUGCUUGAUACCGGUAGACGUCACCAAGAUCAAGACCUUGUACGUCUUCGUCGACAUCAGCAUCGAUACAGCGCAUUUGAUAGCCUCGCUGGAGAGGAACUUCGCCAGUGGCAAGACUAUUGCCAUUGUCGGCACCAUUCAGUUCAACGCUACCAUCCACGGUGUGCGGAGCAGCCUCGAGGCGGCAGGCUUCAGCGUCGUUGUGCCGCAGAUUGGACCGCUCAGCAAGGGCGAGAUUCUGGGCUGCACGUCGCCUCGGCUGCGGGACGAAGACGGCGUCGACCUGAUUCUAUACCUUGGCGACGGACGCUUCCACCUCGAGAGCAUCAUGAUCCACAACCCGGCCAUUCCGGCCUACCGCUACGACCCGUACUCGCGCAAGCUGACGCGGGAGACGUACGGACACGAUGAAAUGCAGUCGGUGCGUCGCUCCGCCAUCCAGACCGCUCGAAAGGCACGGCGUUGGGGUCUCAUCUUGGGAUCUCUCGGCCGUCAGGGCAACCCGCACACGCUGGCUAUGAUUGAGCGCGAGCUGGCUGAGAGAGGCAUACCCAAGGUCGAUCUGCUGCUGAGCGAAAUCUUUCCCGGCAAGCUUGCCAUGAUGAGCGACGUCGAGUGCUGGGUCCAGGUUGCGUGCCCGCGUCUGAGCAUUGACUGGGGAUAUGCAUUCCCGAGGCCGCUGCUGACGCCUUACGAGGCGCUUGUAGCGCUGGAGAAGAGAGGUGGAUGGAGUAAGGAGGAGGGUGGUGAUGGUAUUUACCCGAUGGAUUAUUAUGGAAGGGAUGGGUUGGGGAGGACGAAGCCGCUGGAGGGAGUUGCGGCAUGA